ACUGUCUGUUAGACACAACGUCAUGCACAGUGGAAGUAACAAUUGAUGCACUCCCACAGGCAGUGACACAGAGUUUUAAGAUCAACAGAGUUAAAAGGGCGAGUUCAACUGUCUUAAUUGAGGAUAAUUCUUCAUUGGAGGACCUUUAUAUAAUUCAUUUAUCAACCAGCUUGGAGUAUUGAAAAAGAGGAACUGAGAACUGAGCAACACUGUGGAAGAUGUCCUGCCUGAAGGGCCUAAAGUACACCAUGUGUGUGGUGAACUUCAUCUUUUUUAUCUGUGGUGCUGCUGUCUUUGCAUUGGGAAUCUAUCUGAUGACAUCCUCCAGGUUCACUUCCCUGCUACCCAGCCUUCAGUCUUUGAACAUAGCCAACACUCUCUUCAUCACAGGGAUCAUCAUCUCCUGCGUGUCCUUCCUGGGCUUUCUUGGAGCUCUGAAGGAAAAUCGUUGCCUUCUAAUAUCUUUCUUUAUACUGCUGUUCAUUCUAAUGCUGGCUGAGUUGGCUGCUGCCUGCCUUCUGCUCAUGUAUGAGAAACAGAUUGACCAGUUCAUUAAGGAUGAUCUCACUGGCAGUUUAAAGAAAUACAAAGAAAAAAAUGUCACACACACAAAUGACUGGGACACUGUGCAAAAGAGACUUAAAUGCUGUGGUAUCGAAAGCUAUAAGGACUGGGAGCACCAUGUACCACAGUCAUGCUGCAAAAGCGACCACUGCCUAAAAAAUGGAACACAAUACUGGGAUCAGGGUUGCUACAACAAGCUAAAGGAUGUGUUUGACAGCAACCUCUUGAACACAGGGAUUGCCGUCAUUGUUGUCUGCCUUAUUGAGGUCUUGGGUAUGUGUUUCUCAAUGACCCUAUUCUGCCACAUAAGUCGAUCUGGAUUAGGAUACAAGUGAUACACAGUUGGGGCCACAAGGACAUCUUCUACAGAGUUUAUAUUGUUAAUAACCAUUGUCAUCUACUAUCAAAUCCAGUUAGACUGCCAUGAAAAAAACAACAACUCAGUUUCAGAUAAUCAACAACUGCAUUAUCAUCACUGUCAGAGUGAUUUACCAAAACAUCAUUUUGUUCUUGUUUUUGAUGGUGUUGCAAUUGUCAGUUCUUCUUUUUACUUCUUUUUUAACAUUAAGCAUUGUCAUUAGAGCAGUUAAACCAUUACCGUGGAACUCGUUCUAAAUUCGCUUCUUUUGUUCAGCAGUAUUAUUUUUACAUUGAGCAUAAUAGCUUAAAUGGAAACUUCUUAGGGGGUGUUAGAGGCUGGAUUCACCCACAUGCACGUCUGAAUGUCAAGCAUGAAAAAUGGCAUAAGAGAAGGUUUCCAUCAUGAAUCUUCUUUACACACAUAGAUCUAACUGCAUAUUGCACUGUAUAUAAAGUGUAUUACUUAUUAAUAUUACUUAAGUAUUAUAUUUUCCCUCUGUCACUUAAUAAUUCUAAGCAAUGUUGAGUUGAUUAUGUUCUUGUAAUUGGCUUAAUUGUUACACAGACACAUUUUUGUGUACUGGACAAUGUAACUGUUAAUUUCUUAUCACUUCUUUUUUCCUAUGGAACUUGACUUACUGAACUGUAGCAAGUGAUGAAGAAACCAUUUGAUUACCCAGAAUAUGCACAAUGUGUAAACCACAUGUACAAUCUCUUCAUUUAACGAUCACACCACUUAAAGGCAAUUUAUGAUGCUAACACGGCAAUUAUGCAUUUUAUUUCUUUUCUGACUAAAUGUAAACUAAUCUAAAACAAAAUGAAAAUGUUGUCUCUCCUUUUUGUACAAGGCAAAUACUAACACUGUUUAUGGUUAAUGCAGGAAUAUGACUUUUGGUUAUGAAUGUGUGAUUUCAACAGCUUAAACUUUGAAACAUGACAUCAGAAUUCAAUGGUUUUAUUUUUAAAACAAAAUCCUGUCUCCACAAUAUUUAGGACACCAAAAAAAACUAAGAUUUCCUUUACAUCGAGUUUGUUUUAAAAUAAUUUUGUUCUUUAACCAUCACACAAAAAUAGAAACAAAUACAAUUUAAAGUCAUCUUAAAAAAAAAAAAAAAAAAAAAAAAAAAAAAACUGUACACGGCAGAUUACACCAUUUUUCGCAAACACCCCUUGUAACUAUACAUACAUUAUUGCAAUUCACCUAAAAUAUGCUAAACUAUAACUGAUCAUUCAUAAGAUUUUCUGCUCUGAAAAAUGGUGGCUUGUAAACUGAUCUAAAUUUUCACCCUUUUGCAAUCAUGCCCUUGUGCAAAAGCUGAAAACGAGAUUUAAACUGAUUAUCUUAUGUUGGGCUUUAUGGGGAAAAAGUGGCACUUUGCCCCUCUGCAGAGCAGCUGGACAACAGAAUCAAUGUAAUGUGUGCUUCGAGCAAAAAAGCUGCUUAAAAGAUAUAGGGAAAAAGAAAGAAAAUUAUUUUAUUUGCCUGAUCCAGAGUACAAAAAUGUAGACGCCUAUUAAUGUUUUUCGUAAUAUCGAUUUAUCUACCCACCACAUAAAAUGACUCUAUAACGAGCACAAAAAAAAAAGAAAAGAAAAAAAAGGGGGCAACAUUGUAGUAACUAUCAUUUAAAAUGUUGUUUAAAUAUGCAUAAAUCCUCUAAUCAAUGUUUUCUUCCAUUACUGAACCAAUAAAAGAGCUACUGAUGGCUCAAGUCUUUCAUUUGUGCUUGAAGUAGCAGUCAUAUGUC